AGAGAGUGAUGACGCGACUUCCUGACCGGUAGUUUGCGGGAAGUUUGGUCCUCUCACAGUUCCUGUUAUACUCAGCGAGUAACAACAAAGUCACGGUUUGUAUGGAUCCUGUUGUCUUCAAACAUGAGUAAAUGUCGGUGUAGCUGGCGAUGUUAUUGUUGAUCGAAGAGCGUUUGCUGUUAAACGUCGUCAUGUAGCGUUUAAUGAUGUAACGCGUUCGCGUUAGCAUAAAAGCUAGUUGACGUCCAUGUGAACGCUCUUUAGCGUUAGCUUGAAGGAUCCAUCAACCCGCUCUGAGGGUCUGAUCUCUUUUCUUAAGACAGGAUCAAGGUUUCUUCUUUAAUCCCAGUCUGUGAGUGAUGAACGCAGAGACAGUAAGUGACUCUUCAUGUUGGUGACAGGGUUCGAGGUUUGUCUCAGAGGGAGCUAACAGUGACAGAGAGCACACAGAAGGAUGAAUCCAGAGUUAUUCAUGCUUCAAUAAGUCAACAAAAAGUAAAACUCUCCCAGUGGAUCUUUGCGAGACUAAGUUUAGUGACUCAUUUAUGAUAUGACACCUGUAAAAACCAAACAGGUAGAGUACCUGCUUUGCUAUCAUGGCAACACAAAUAGACACCCAUCCCUGAUCGCCUGCUGUUUUACCCUGGCAACAAAAGAAAGAAGAAGAAUGAGAAGAACUUUAUUGAUCCCCGAAAGGAAAUUCAGUUGUCUGUUGUCUCACGUAAUAUGUCUAUAAAAGUUAUCUAUUAUUUAAAUAAGAGUUAUAAAGCCUGAAGGCUGUUGGUACAAAACAUCUUCUAAAUCUUUCUGUCCAGCAGCGAAGAGAAGGAGCCGUCCACCACCAUUUGCCCUUUGGUCCAUCAAGGUGUUGUGAAGUGGGUGAUCCAUGAUCACUGAAAUAAUCACCCAUCACUGAAAUGUACCUAUUUUCAAUACCUCACACAGUUAACAGAGAUGAUGUGAAAAUAAACCUUAUACUAACUUUAGUUACACUGUAGAGUGACAAAGGGUGCAGUGAACAGGAUUGUCCUAAAGGUAGUUAGACUGAGGACAGCAUACCCCCUCUGACAAAUCAUUCAUCAUUUCAUACCCAGAUUCCAUAACAACUUUGUAAAAUGUUGAUACAGAGUUUGAAGUCUGUUUUUGCAGGAAGUUAACAGCUGUCAUGUAGAAUUUGAGCAAAACAGUAAAACAGGUUGUGUAAUGAUAUAAAAGAGCUUGUGGAACAUCUUCCAACAAACAAAGUUAUUUUUCAACAAAUUGGUGUCAUGAUGGGGUUUAAACGGGACAAUAAAUUCAUAAUAGUAGUUCACUGCUGAAAUCUUGAGGACAGUUAACCUGCACUGAUCUUACCUCUUUUUGUGAAUGUUAGUAGAGUGGCUUUUGUCUGUCUCAGAGAUAUAUUUAGCUAUUGUUCUGGGACUUAUUGUGGAAACAAAUGAACUACAACAUGAGGUCAAAAACCUUGACUUUCCUAACUGACUUUUCUUUUCUGUUUGGCAACAAGUCUUCAUCUUCGGUGUUUUCUCUGUUUGUCGCUCAGUUACCCUUGAAAUUAACCGAGUUCAUUCACCUCCAACAUCGCAGGCUCUGCGAUGUGACUAUCGCACACACGUACAUCGCGAUGACGAUGCUCAAACGAUAUAUCGUGCAGGCCUAACUGUAACCCCAAAAAUGGAAUUCAAGUUCUUAGAUAUAUAACUGAUGAUGCUCUGAGGGAAACAUCUCAGUGCUAACCUGAUGAGAAGAGAGAAACCUGUUCUGAUAACCCUUGACCAGUGUUUGAACUCAUACAGGGCCACAAAGCUAUCUAAACAUUUCCUGUAUAUUGAAGUUUUGUUUGUUGUUAUGAUGCUUUUGCUGUCUUUCCUGGAGAAGAAAUUUAAAUUUUGGCAGUUUUUCUUUAAAUUAUUUAACUGAACUACUAAAGAUUAUGUCCUUUUUUAGUUUUUGUUGAACAACUCAAUUUUAAUUUGCAGCACCUGCUUACUUCAGCUCAUCUCUGUAUCACCAGACCAUCACUGCUCACUGCGAAAGUGGCUGUAAAUUUAGCCAUUUCAUAAGCAUCAAAACUUCAAAAGUAUCAGAUAACAGCCUCACUACCUGACUGUAAUGCCUGUAAAAAAUUAUCACUGAAUAUCUGUGUGUUUCAGAUGCCUCCUAAAGCCAAGGCUGCAGGGAGAGUCAGAGCUCCAGCUAAAAGGAAACUCGCAGAAAAGUUCUCCCCUGGUGAGGUCCUCACUGACAUGGCAAAGAAGUCCUGGAAGCUGGGGGCUCCUGUCGGACAGGGGGGCUUUGGUCUCAUAUAUCUGGGUAAAUCUGAAAGGCCUUGUCACAUGACAUGAACAGUUUUCUCACAGUGCAGGUUUUUGAUUUUGAAAGUUUAACAUGUCAGCAUGUAAAAGCUAUGGUGAAAUCUUCUGCAGUAAAAUUAUCUCUGCUGUUGCUCCUCAGCUGAAGAGAACUCUGCCAAACCUGUGGGUGCAGAUGCUAGAUACGUGGUCAAAGUGGUGAGACUCAACAAACUCCAAACAUAAAUUAUAAAACUGUCCAUCUUUCAAAAUUCCACUGUUUGGGUUGUAUUUCAAAGUCUGUGACUCUAUAAACAGCUGAUCGUUUGAAUGUGUUUGUUCUACAGGAGCCCAGUGACAGCGGCCCUCUGUUCUCUGAGCUCAAAUUCUACAUGAGAGCUGCUAAGCCAGAUCAGAGUAUGGAGGCCACCUUAUUACACACACACACACACACACACACACACACACACACACACACACACACACACACACACACACACACACACACACACACACACACACACACAGAGCUUAAGUUAGCCUUUCCAUCAUGACUUAGUUUCUCAGUGCAAACAAACAAAAGAAAGACAACUUCCUUAAUUAAAAAGACACUCUCUUGUAUCUGAAGCAUGGAGGGGCCCUGUUGGAGGAUGGGGUGGUGGUGGGGGCAGGAAUAGGGGGGCUGUUUUUUUGCCCCCAGGCCACAGCUUUGCAUUUUAUAUAAUAACACUCCAAAUGUCAAUCUCCCCUGACAAUUAACUGUUAUAUUACUAAAGAACCAAAGGCUCAUAUUUUAUUCAUGCUGGAACCUCACCAUGUUGGUAAAUAUUUGUCUCAGCAGUAGAUUAGCUUGUCCCCCCCCCCCCCCCUUACCCCCAUCUCUCCUCUUAUUACUUUGAGCAUCACAGCCAUCAGACAUUUAUACCUGCCCCUGAGAUGUAUGCUGUGAAUUUCACAUAUUUAUACCCAAGAAAAAGUUCUUCAGAUGUCCCUUAUUACUUUUUUCUGCAUCUACAUCUUUCUGCAGUUCGGAACUGGAUGAAGAGUCAGAAGCUGAAGAGUCUUGGGGUUCCGAGGUACUGGGGCUCGGGUCUGCAUGUGAGAGGAGAGAAAAGGUAAGACCAGGAUCAGGACUGCUCACUGGAGUUACACUCAGCAUGAGUCAUAUCUAAGAAUACAGGUCCAAAGAGCUCUUUUUUUAUCUAUCAUUUUGUGCUUUAAAAUCUCACAAAAGACAACAGCAGCCCUGAUCUGGAUAUUUGUAUCUUUGUCAAUGAGCCCCUGUUUUCAUACAAGGCUUUAAUAUACAAUACAGUGAAAGGCAACUGAUACAUUUCCCUAAUUUUGCUAUUGCUGAUGAAACGAUCUGGUUCAGGACUUUAGUGAUCUUACUACAUUAUAAAUAAAUGAAGUAAAAAUGUUCUUGGAAAAUAUGAGUUCUUGCUUUUCUCUCUGGCUAUCUGAAGAGAUGUAGAUACUACAACCUUAUCAGUGUAUGAGGCUGAUACAACACAAUAACAACAACAACAAACAUUUGGUCAAACUGAAGAGGUGAUUACAAGUCUUUUUUCUCUGCUCUGUGCAGUUACAGGUUCAUGGUUAUGGACAGAUUCAGCACAGACCUGCAGAAGAAGUUUGAAGAAAACGGAAAACAGUUUCCUAGAAAACUGGUGCUGCAGCUCGGACUUCGACUGGUUGGUUAUGUCCUCAUGAGAUAUAUCAGAGCGUGCAGUGUGAAGUCUAACUCUGGUAUGAACUGUUCUCUGUGUUUUGUCUUGUUCAGUUGGACAUUCUGGAGUACAUCCAUGAACAUGAGUAUGUCCACGCUGACAUUAAGGCGUCAAACGUCAUGCUGGGCUACAGUGACCCCAACCAGGUUAGUAUGAGCUGCAGCGUCACCCUGAAAAACACAAUGUUGUCUUUUUGUCAAAAGCUAUCCCACAUCCAGGACUGAUCCAGUUCUGCUUCUUUAAUAAGAGUUUUUGUGAUGAAGGUGCUGCUCUGACCUCAGAUCUGCUCCUAAGAGCAGGAAAUGAUUGUUUUUUCAUCAUAACACACUCGUGCUGCUUCAUUAGAUUCAAUUAAGGCCUGCAGAGGAGGGUAGCCGCCAGUGUGUGUGUGUGUGUGUGUGUGUGUGUGUGUGUGUGUGUGUGUGUGUGUGUGUGUGUGUGUGUGUGUGUGUGUUUCAAACAGGGAGAUUAGAUGGCAGCAGCUAAGAGCCUUCUGCAGCAAACAAGGCAGGGGCAAAUAUUUAAUUUGAAGAUUAAUAAUGUAUCAUUGGUGCUGUUAUUAAAGAGCUAUUUAUAAAUGAUAAUUUAAAAAUGGGCCCCUCAGGAGUUUAAUGCUAGGUGAGGUUGUUUUGUUUUUUACUUGCUAAAUAAUUCAAAUAAUCCCCCUGGAGUUGUUUAGAUGAAGCUGUGUGUUUUUUUUUUGCAGAGUGUCUCUUUAUUAGAGCGUGUAACAGCAGAAAUUAACAUUCAAAUCUGAGACGGUGGACUGACCUGCCCCCUGUGCUCACAUCACCGCCCUGUCUUUAUCUAUGCUGUAAAAAACUCAAUAUCUAUAACUCUGAAGUCUGAUCCCUGUGCAGCACUGAUUGUGUUUUUAUUUGUGUGUUAAAGAUUUAUUUGGUAGAUUACGGGCUGGCUUACAGAUAUGCUCCUGACGGUGUCCAAAAGGAGUACAAAGAAGACCCAAAGAGAUGUCAUGAUGGCACCAUCGAGCUCACAAGCAUUGAUGCUCACAAAGGAGCAGGUACAUGAGUCCACAAACACACUGCUGCUGUCUUCACCUUUGGUUCAUGCUUUUGUUUUCUUUGUGGUCAUACCAUAGUUUUAACAGAUUUGCUAUAAACAGUUAUGCCACUAAAUGAUUAGAGGAACAGAAGUUGGAGUAAAUUACCCACAUUCCUGAUUUUCUGCCGUUGCUGCUCAGAGUGAUUUGAUCUUUUCCUCCAGCUCCAUGCAGACGCAGUGACCUGGAGAUCCUGAGUUACUGCAUGGCUCAGUGGCUGUGUGGACGUCUGCCCUGGGAGGACAAACUUCAGGACCCUCUCUACGUCAAGGAAUCCAAGAUCAGGUGAGAAACUGCACUCACUGCUCACACAGUGUUCUGACAUCAGUUAUGAUGCACAAAACCAAAAUAUGGGCGUCAGAUAUCAAACGGAGGAACUUGAUUGUCCCCCUGCAGAAGCCGGGAAAACAUCUCUGAAUUUAUGAGCAAGUGUUUCUCCUCCCAAGACAAGCCAGGUAAGAAACAUGCACGCACGCACACAUGAUGCUAAAAACUGAUGUUUGAAAACAAUGAGCAUUUACAUAAAAAAUAAAGGCCUUUCUGUCUAAGUUUAUAUGAUGGCCCCAUCUUUAAUAGUAAAAUCAUCAUAAUAAUAAUAAUUAUUCAUAUUAAACAGACUAUAUCAUCAGGACUUACGAGUGGUCACCUAAAAACAGUUUUUCGACAGCUGGCAACACGGCAGCAGGUCAGCAUGUGGCAGAUAUCACUUCUUUUUCUUUGCAUUUGACAAAUAUAACCUUUUCAUUAAUUUUACAAACAAAUAAGAAAGAGAGGGACUGAAGUUUUCUCAGACAGAAAUAUUUGGCUCAUUUAGUAUGACCAUGAGGUACUUUUGAUUUUUGGUCAGCCAUCUGAAGCUCUGCAGACUGAAAAAAGGUAAAUAUUGGAGUAAUACAUUUUCAACUGUGGUUCAUUGGUGAAUCAGUUUGGUCCUUUUUAAUGUGAAAGCUGUCUUUCUUUUUUGGUUACUAGUCCCAGCAGGUGAAAAGUCUGUAGGGUCUAAGCUCUUGGCUGGACUAAAGAAGCACUUGAAGCUGAUCACUUUGGGGUUAUUGAACACCAUGUUAGUCUGAACAUAAACUCUCUGACAGGACAAGUUUGACUCUAUUCAAUGCUGCAAGCAGAGGCUGUACUUUGUAUCAGCUAAAACAGAGUACAGUAGGACACUGUCAUCAAAGAGGAACACUUCAGUAGACACUGUGUUGAGAUGGGAAAAAGACAGGCUGUGGGACAGUAUAGAGACACUACAGUGGGGCCAGGGUCAUUUUUACCAUCUGUAUUAGUGAAACUUUAUCAAACAGGACAGCUGAACAUGUAACUAAACCAAUUUAGCAUACAAACAUUACAAGACAAAGACAAACUUUAGUUCACAUUAUUUAAGCUGAUAUAGAAAAUGCAUUUCACCUGCUUUCAUUUCUAGCUGCUGCCUACACUGGCUAUAGAGCUGGUCUCAGGCUUUUAUUUUGAAAGGAUGUUCUGCUGUGUUUCAGAUGAAAUCCAGAAGUUCAUGGAGGAAGUGAAAUCGAUGGAUUAUCAGGACAAACCUGAGUAUGAGAAACUGCGCUCCAUCCUGCAGGCUGGGCUGAAGUCCAUCCAGGCCAAAGACGAUGGGAAACUGGAGUUCAGUGCUGUAGACACAGCUGCACCUAAACCUCCAAAGGUGAGCAGACUGACACUGACGCACACUGACACACACAGACACACACUGACGCACACAGACACACACUGAGACAUGCUGAGACAAAGGGGCUCCCUGUAGGGUCUCCCUAGAGUUAUUAUCAGAGUUCAGCGUGCAGACUGAUAAAGGUUCCAUAGAGUCUAAGGCUGUUUUUUAAAUGGAUAUAAAGUUAGACAGAGUCCACAGACCUACUCCAAAUUCAGACUCUUUGAUUCCUACUUCCCAUCAUCCUCCACUUAUGCAACUUACCUACCUCCUUCUCUCAUGCCCUCUUGUCUCUCUGUCUUCUCUCUUACUCUCUCUGUCUCUCUCUUCUCUGUCCCUCUCUUCUCUCACUCUCUCUCUCCCUUGCUCUCUCACCCCUGUGCACGUGGAAAAAGCCACCAGGGACAUGGCAUUGCCAGCCAAGGGGUUACUGGGCCUCAACGCUGGUUAUUGUAUGUAAUUAUCCCAACAAUCUGUUCAGCUCAGCAGGGGCUGUGGGUGAUCAUGAGGUAGAUAUUUCCACAAUGGAGGAAUAAACGUGCAUUAUGGAGGUUUGGGAAGGAGGACGGGCAGAGAAAGUAUGGAGCCAGAUCAGGCUCAAAAGUAUUGAAAAGUAGUGUAAGUGAAAAAAUAAGAUUUGAACCUGAAAAAAAUAAAAUGGUACCUGAAAGUCUUGAAUUUCGAAAUUGAACUUUGAAAAAUCCCGGAAUGCAUGAAAAAAAUCUGUUCAAAUGUAACUUUGAUUCUGUUUUUUAAUACUUUUGAAUAAAUUACUUAUUUCUAUUUUUCACUUCAAUGUAUAUUUCGAUCUUGGAGUACUUUUUUUUUUCGAUUGAAUUUUAUUUAUUUAUUUCAGAUUCAGAUCUUAUUUUUACGGAUUCAAAACGAUUUUUGUUCGGUUUCAGAUUUUUUUUUUUCAGAUUCAGAUCUUUUUUCGGAUUCAACUUGAAAAGUUUCAGGUUCACUUUUGACCCUGUUUUUCCGUGGGGGCGGGCCUCGACUGAUAGGGGCGCGGUCUGCCAUGAGUGACAGGCCUCCCCCUCCUUCCCCACCCCAUCACCCUGCGUUCAGGAAGUGGCAUGAAUACACAUUAGCUUAGCCUACAAUUAGGCUCUAUUGGCUGAAUGAGAUCGUGUUGGUUCGUUCCACUUUAGUGGGGCAAUAUAAACUGUGAUUCAUAAAAAAGCUCUAUUGAUAGUAAGUACUAAAAAAAAUAUCUACUCAUCCAGUCGAUUUUUAGUAAUCAGUGUUUCGGUGUCGAACUAUUUCCCUUCUGCAGCGUAGUGAUACUUGCACACGCCCAAUCGAAUAUGCAGGGGGUGAAGCGAUUUUUGUCACGUGGACCAAUAGGAGCCGAGUCUCGUUGCCAUAGUAUCAGAAAUACACAAACAUGGCGACGACCGCAUCUCGCAGCGAGACAAGCGAAGAGGAAGAAAAGAAAAGGAACAAAAGAAAACAGCCUUCAAAAGUGCAUAGAAAAAGGAGCGAAACGAUGCUGUAUGCAUCUGUCAUCUGUCCAGAGUGAAGACGUUCUCGACUUUACAAGGACAUGUUGCGAAAUUUACAGAACUAGUAUUAGAAAGUGGCUUUCUCUACAGGGUGAGACAAAGGACCUUGCAGAAACUUAUAAACUUUGCGUUGAUAUCAACUAUUACUUAUUUGCGAUUUAUUUGCAAAAGGGGUUUGAGAAACAAGAACGUGAUGCAGCCGCGGAUCACAGUUUAUAUUGCCGCACUAAAGUGGAACGAACCAACACAAUCUCAUUCAGCCAAUAGAGCCUAAUUGUAGGCUAAGCUAAUGUGUAUUCAUGCCACUUCCUGAAUGCAGGGUGAUGGGGUGGGGAAGGAGGGGGAGGCCUGUCACUCAUGGCAGACCGCGCCCCUCUCAGUCGAGGCCCGCCCCCAUGGAAAAACAGGGUCAAAAGUGAACCUGAAACUUUUCAAGUUGAAUCCGAAAAAAGAUCUGAAUCUGAAAAAAAAAAUCUGAAACCGAAAAAAAACGUUUCGAAUCCGUAAAAAUAAGAUCUGAAUCUGAAAUAAAUAAAUAAAAUUCAAUCGAAAAAAAAAGUACUCCAAGAUCGAAAUAUACAUUGAAGUGAAAAAUAGAAAUAAGUAAUUUAUUCAAAAGUAUUAAAAAACAGAAUCAAAGUUACAUUUGAACAGAUUUUUUUCAUGCAUUCUGGGAUUUUUCAAAGCUCAAUUUCAAAAUUCAAGACUUUCAGGUACCAUUUUAUUUUUUUCAGGUUCAAAUCUUAUUUUUUCACUUACACUACUUUUCAAUACUUUUGAGCCUGAUCUGGCUCCAUAAGAAAGGGGAUUUUUUAUAUGGGUGCUGUGUUCAGGUGCACGAUGGCAGGACCUCACUGCUAUGGCUCACAAAGGAGACCCUGAACUUUCAGCUUGGACCAUGAUCCAUCUCAAUGCCUUUGAUCACUUCCUUAACAGAUGUGAAUGAAGUUCCCCACCUCAGUGAGUCUGUGUUUGUCCUCUCCACUCUUUCCCUCCAGAAAACCCUCAAGAGAAAGGUAGCAGCAGAGGAAGCAGAGAGUGGGACUGGCGGGAGUCCCAUCAAGAAAAAGAGAGUGCCGACCAAAAAAGGUACAUUUCCUGUUUUGUUUUGUUUUUUUAAAAUUAAUUUGUUCAUUUACAUAAUUUUUUCUCAGCGCAGACUUUCUCUAAGGUGGCACUGAAGGUGGACUUUCCUUAUUUAAGACCACAAAAAAAGACAUAUGUUUUCUAAAAUCCAAUCAUUUUGUCAAAACUGUGAAGGUGUGCAGUAAUCAUACAGAGAAAAAAAAAAAACAUCUGAUAAAACUGAGAAAAUGUCACUACCUCAAAAAGAUUAAAGACAGAGAAGAGUGGACAUGCUUGAAUGUUUUCAAUGACACAUUUUUACAGUUUGUGAUUUUUUCUAUGCUCUUUGUAAAGUAUUUAAGCUCGUUAAAGUUUGUUUUUGUUUGUUCACAAAUGUUUAUAUAUUACUUUUCUAAAACUUUUUUUUUGAAUAGUUUCCUUUUGUUUGAAUAUACACUACAGGCCAAAAGUUUGGAAGCAAGAUCAGAUUUGUACAAAAAAAGAUCAUAGUUUCAUUAAUAUACUUUGCAACACAAUAAACAUGACUAUUGUGUAAAGAGUAACUUAUCAGAAGACACUUUGACUAUAAUUAUUAGGUAUUUGAGUUAUUGUUGCUUAGACUUUGCUUUCUUUAAAGUAACCUCCUCUGGCUUUAACAACAGCUUGGAAUAUACCAGGCAUUCGUUCCACAAGUUUUUUAAGGUAUGUUCCAGGGAUUGCAUUCCAAGCUUUCUGAAGUUCAUUAAUUCGUGGGACGCACUUUUCUGACUGAUAGAUCCAAUUCAUCCCACACAAGCUCAAUUGGAGAAAGGUCAGGAGACUGAGAGGGCCAAACCAUCUUUUGAAGAACACCUCCCUCUUCUUUUUUGUCUAGAUAACCCUGACAGAGCUUGGCAGAAUACUUAGGGUCAUUGUCUUGCUGCAAAACAAACUUAUGAGCCACAAGUCUGAGUCCAGAUGGAGCAGCAUGGUGCUGGAGGAUGGAGUGGUACUGUUCCUUCUUCAUGAUACCCUUCACUUCGAAAAAUCUUCUACUCCAUCAUCUGCAAAACAUCCCCAUACCAUGGAACUACCACCUCCUUGCUUAAUUGUGGGUGUAACACAUGAUGCUUUCAGACUUUCACCAGUUUGUCUGCGGACAUACACUCUGCGUUUUGAACUAAACAGUUCAAACUUGCUUUCAUCGGUCUAGAGAACUUGUUUCUAGUCAUCAUAGGUCAAAUUUUUGUGAGCUUUUGCCCACUCAUAUCUCUUUUUCUUAUUCUGUGGACGAAGUAGUGUUUUUUUGCAGAUACACAACCCUUCAGACCAGCCUUUCUCAAACGUCUUUUCACAGUUGUCAGAGAUAUGGGUUUCGACCUUAUCAUGUUGAUUUUCUCCCUUAUUUGUGGUGCUGUCUUUCGCCAAUCUCUCUUACUGGUGACAAUGAUAUGUUUAUCCUCUGCUUUUGUAGUAACUCUCUUUCAUCCAGGUCUUUUUCUAUCAUCAUAACUUUCAAGUUCCUCUAGUCUCUUCAGAGUGUAGUGGACUCCUUUGUUGUGUAUCCUUCUUUCCUCAAUGUACUAAUCUGUACUUUUGUUUCUUUACUCAGUUGCCUCUCUCUAGCCAUUUUUGCGGUAGUCUGAACGCAGUUAAAUUUUUUAGGAUUUUUGUUUGCAGACUCUCAAAAGCCAAAAAGGUUGACGUGAAUAAUCCAAUUGAGAUUUGUUUUUUUGCUUUUGCACUGAAGUUGUGACUCGUGCAAAUGUUUUCGACCCUACAACUAAGCCCUUAUUUUCUUUUGCUGACAUAUAUUUAGCAAUGGUCUGUUAACAUUAAUGUAUAUCUAAAGGUAAAUGGAGUAAAAUGGUGCAUUUCCAUGAAAGCAACAUCUGAUCAUGGAGUAAAUACAUCCCAAAAUACAAACAAAUCAUGCUGGAUUAAAAAAAAAAAGCAUUUUAAAAAAAAUUUGAAGUUACUCCUGAUUGUUUAGCCUGUAAUGGCCUUGCUUCCAAACUUUUGGCCUGUAGUGUAAUUGCUUUUUAAACUAGUAAUCUUUGUUUUUGUUUUUUUUUAAAGUUCUAAAAAAAAAUUACUUAAGUCUAAAACAUCAGGGAUGGUCGGUGGUUUGGAGGGUUAGAGUGUUUUUUGUUAAUCUGUCUGAAUAUCUUCUGCAGAAGCUAAUGGAGUGGAGAAAAGCCCCCGAAAAGGACAGAAGAGGGCUGCUCAUACCAAAAAACGGAGUAGCCCUAAAUCCACAGAUGGGGAGAUGGCGACCUCAGUCUCACCAGGACCUGCCAAGAGGGGUAGACCCAAGAAGAUCAGAUGAAGAUCCACCUGUUUCUACACUCCUGCGUCUGUCCUCUGCUUCUUUGAAUACAUUUUUAUAUUGUGGAUUUUUCUGUUACACACUGAAAGAAGUUCGCAUUUUAUGCAUUUAGUGUUUGAAGACAAAGUUAUGGUAAUAAAGAAAACCAAUUGUUCCUCUUUUGACAUUAAACAAAUACUUCAGGGUCAGAGUGACUACAGGUAAACUUGUACUGUUUAUUCAGAGAUUUAACAUGACAGGACGAGUCUUUGUCCUGUGGGCGAUGACUCAGAUUAAUAACUUCAAACCAGCUUUUAUUUUCUGUAUUUGAAGUUUGUCUGAAAAAAAAAGACCUGAAUAAAGAUUACAUGAAAACCUGUC